AUGAGUCAUAAAUAUCCUCCACCUCAACAACCUUAUCCACAACAACAACCGUAUCCACAACAACAACCGUAUCCACAACAACAACCGUAUCCACAACAACCGUAUCCACAACAGUAUCAACAGCAAUAUUACCCUCCUCCGCCUGCUUCGUCUACAUACUCUCCUGUUUAUAGUAGUGAAUAUGGUCCUCCAACCUAUGAAAACAAUCAAGGUCAAGGUCAAGUACACAGCGAAGUAGGAAAAAACUGGAAUAAAAAACCAAGGUUUCAAGAUUUAUGGGCGGCCAUCUUGUUUCUCAUUCAAUUUGUUGGGUUUCUUGUAUUAAGCUACACUGGAAUAAAGACGAUUUUAAACAAAAAUAAAUUGUCAAACCAAAAUCCCGCUAAUGAUAAUGAUGAUAUUAUUAAGGGUAUUAAAUUGGAUACUAAUAGCAUAGUAUUGCUUGUGGUUGCUGGAAUUUUCGGAUUUUUCUUAAGUUUACUAUACAUGUUUUUAAUGCAAAAAUUUCCAAAACCUCUUAUAAAAAUCACUUUAUAUCUCUCAAUUGCAACUUAUUUUAUUGCUGCCGCUAUUUAUGGUUAUGUUGGGCAAAUCAUAUUGGCAGUUAUGUUUGCACUUUUUGGAGUAAUUUAUUUGAUUUGUGCUUUUACAUGGCGAGAUAGAAUUCCUUUUGCAGCUAUUUUGUUAGAAACCAUAACUUCGCUCACAAGAAAAUAUUAUGGUACGAUAAUAAUGGGAUUUGCAGGUUUAAUAAUUCAAGUAGGAUGGUCGAUUUGGUGGGCAUUGACUACAAUUGGAUCAUUCGAUAAAUUUUACGAAUCGAGCGGAUGUGAAGAAACAACACCUGACAAAAGAGGAAUACGUGGAUUUAGUUUAUUUGCAACUUAUUAUUUCCUCGAUGGCACCGAUCAAGGUGUAGGCAGCACUCCAACCUUAAGCUCACUCAAACGUGCUUGUACUACUUCAUUCGGUAGUAUCUGUUUUGGUAGUUUGAUUAUUGCGAUCCUUAAUACUAUAAAAGCUAUCCUUCGCAGCAUUGCAAACAGUAAUGAUGAUGCAUGUGGAUUUGUUGCUGCUUGUUUCGCCUGUUUAUUAGCUGGGAUUGAAAAUCUCGUAGAAUAUUUCAAUCAUUAUGCUUACGUUGAAGUCGCGAUAUACGGUAAAUCAUACUGUCGUGCUGCAAAAGACACUUGGAAAUUGAUAAAGGAUCGUGGUGUUGAAGCCAUUAUUAAUGAUAACCUCAUUGGAAAUGUACUCACAAUGGGAGCUAUAUUUAUUGGCGUUCUUUGUGCAUUAUUUGGUUACGGUUAUAUUAGUUUAUUCCUUAAAGAAAUUAAAGAUAAUGGAACUUUGGUUUUGAUACUUGUUAUAAUUUGCUUUAUCCUUGGUUUGAUGAUGACGAUCGUUGUAACUGAUGCUAUUGAUUCUGGUGUUGCAACUACAUUUGUUGCUUUGGCUGAAGAUCCUGAUGCAUUAAGACGUACUAAACCACAAUUAUUUGAGAGAAUUCGACGUGAAUGGCCCGGGGUGGUUCAAGGAAUGUAA